AUGGGUCUCAUGUUGAAGCCCCCGGCGGAUACGGCUGGCAAGGCAUGGCCAGCCAUCCUCAUUGGCCUUUUCGUCGCAUUUGGAGGUGUCCUCUACGGAUAUGACACUGGUACCAUCUCCGGUAUCCUUGCCAUGGAUUAUUGGAAGAAAGAGUUCUCAACAGAGGCCGACCUUAGCAUAACAGCAUCCCAAGAUUCCCUCAUUGUCUCAAUUCUCUCAGCCGGUACAUUCUUUGGUGCGCUCACCGCUGCGCCAUUGGGUGAUCUCCUCGGACGUCGUAUUGGACUUAUGCUCUCUGCCGGUAUCGUCUUCAAUGUUGGCGUUGUCAUGCAGACUGCCUCGACUGCACAGCCUCUAUUCAUCGCAGGACGUUUCUUUGCUGGAUACGGUGUCGGUCUCAUUUCGGCUUUGAUCCCCAUGUAUCAGUCCGAGACAGCUCCUAAAUGGAUUCGCGGAACGAUUGUGGGAGCAUACCAACUUGCCAUCACCAUCGGUCUUUUCCUAGCAGCUAUCGUCAACAACUCCACCAAGGGCCGCAAUGAUUCGGGAUCAUACCGUAUUCCGAUCGCUGUACAGUUCCUUUGGUCUAUCAUUCUCGUCGUUGGUCUGUUCUUCCUUCCCGAGACUCCGCGCUAUCUCAUCAAAAUGGACAAAUACGACGCGGCUGCUCAAAGUUUAGGAAAGCUCCGCCGCUUACCCGUUGACCACCCGGCUAUCGUCGAGGAAUUGAGCGAGGUCCAAGCCAACCAUCUCUAUGAGAUGUCUCUUGGCAAGUCUACGUACCUUGAGUGCUUCAAGGGUACUCUGGGCAAGCGCCUCAUGACCGGAUGCCUUCUCCAAUCAUUGCAGCAGUUGACUGGUGUAAACUUCAUCUUCUACUACGGCACACAGUACUUCCAGAACGCCGGAUUCCGUAAUCCCUUUAUCAUCCAGGUCAUUACCAACUCUGUCAAUGUCGCAUCCACCCUCCCAGGUCUUUACAUGGUUGAAAAACUCGGCCGUCGCAACCUGCUCCUCUUGGGAGCUGUCGGCAUGUCCGUAUGUCAGUUCAUCGUCGCCAUCACUGGAACCGCAGCCGGAACAACUGUUCUACCAGCUCAGCAGGCAGCCAUCGCCUUUGUGUGCAUUUACAUCUUCUUCUUCGCCAGCUCCUGGGGCCCUGUUGCAUGGGUUGUCACGGGCGAGCUUUUCCCAUUGAAGGCCCGUGCGAAGUGUCUGUCUAUGACUACCGCAUCCAACUGGCUACUCAACUGGGCAAUCGCAUUUUCUACGCCUUACUUGGUUGACGCCGACCAUGCCAAUCUACGAUCCAAGGUGUUCUUCAUCUGGGGAUCAUUCUGUUUCGUCUGCAUUGCCUUUGUCUGGUUCAUGAUCUACGAAACCAAGGGUCUCUCCCUAGAGCAAGUCGACGAGCUCUACGGCGUCGUCAACCAAGCAUGGAAAUCCAAGUCCUUCGUGCCCUCAAUCUCGUUCCAGGAUGUGGAUCACGAGAAGCAGCGCCACAUGUCCCUCAACGACAUUGCGCAGAACCAGGAGAGGAAGCGCAGCGUCCAGCAUGAUGAGACCGUGCCGGCUGCCCAUGUUACGGAGACCAAGAUUUAG